AUGGCCGAUGACGAUGAAAAAGACGAAUAUUUUGGGGUGUACGAGGGUGGACACUGGGUCUGGAACGAACAAACACAAGCACUGCUGUUCAUACGGGACCGUCCUUCUGUGCAGAGAGGGCCCAUACUAUCAAAAUCAAAAAUACCCACUAGUACCGUAAAAUUUAAAGAUGACGUUGACUUAUUCGAACAGAUACGUUAUCGGCGACUUUAUCAAAGAAGAUUGAAAUCAGGAGAAGCAGACUUUAUCACUCUACAGGAUAUAAAAGACUUAGCAUUAUUCACGGCUCCCGUAAGCAUUCUUAGCACUAAACUUAUAAACAUGCUACAUACGCCGACCAUAGAGAGAUUUCUAAGAGCACUUAUUCUUUGCUGCAUUUAUCAUUUGCAGAUAGCUAGCGAAAUGUCGAAACGAAUUUCGGAGCUUUCAUCGAAAGUGAGGACACCGAACUGCGAUCGAAUCGAAAAUGAGUUCCAGGAGAACUUAGCUGAUCUGAGGCUGUUAGUUGCUAAAGAAUAUUGCAUGUUACUGAUUGGUGAGUCUGACAUGAAGAACUACCAUCACAUGGGAUGUAAAAAGGAUCAGCGGUCUUUGUCAGACAUCGACCAAAGAUUAUUUGAAGCACUCGUGCGUAUCAGUAUACAAAUAGUGUGGAUAGCUCUCGGUAGAAAACAUUUUUGUGAAAUAGAAUGUGAAACUCAUCGUAUAUUAAAGUCGGAAAUAUUUAAUCCUGUGGAGCAUUCGUUAAAGACAGCAUUUAAUUUUGUACCCUAUAUGGAGCCGGAGGAACGAUCGGUGUUGUUCGGACGUUGUGUUCGCCUGGACAGGAUGAUAAAGACUCGAUCACCAUUGAUGAAUGAUGUGUUUUGCCACAGAUCUAAUAAUUACCGCUUAUUAGGACUUGGAGUUAUAAAUUAUCCACAGUUGUCACCUCGACUGAAGUAUUUAUAUACAUAUGUGGCCGGUACAGAAGAGGCUUUGGUGAAUUCAGGCUUAACUUUAGGUAUCAUUGGUCUGCCACGAGCUCAAUUCGACACCAUGUUACGUCUUCUACCGCCCCCGCCUCCAUGUGAGCUUAAGUCCAAAAGCUUCCUGUAA